AUGCUCAGCUUAUCAGCUAGAAUGUACUAUGCAAGACAAGGAAGCAUACGGAUGCCUUCUGUCUUUAGUCAAAUGAGACAAAUUAAAAAGUGGAAAAGUAGUUAUAAGAGCCCGAGGGAUUAUGAUCCUCUUGAUCUAGAGCACUUGAAUAUCAAGGUAGAAAAGACGCCCGAAAACAGGGAAGAUACAAAUAAGGCAGACGUUGAUGCUCUUGGAGCCCUUGUAAAUGAAUCGUUGGAAGCUUCUGAUAGUAAGAAAGGAAUUGAUGACCUUUUAGCAUCGUUGAAGUUAGAUGAGGAUUUGGUGAAUGAAGAAUCAAAUAACGAAAAAUUGAGCAACAUGACAAAAAAGCAUUUCGCAUCUAGCAAUAAAGAGGUUUCUACAUAUAAUAAGGAAGAUACUGAUAAAGGACGCUUUACUGAUAAACCUUCUGAUAAGAAUAUCGUUGAAGAAGAGAGACGACUAUUUCAGAAUAUCUUCGAAUCAUAUAUGAAACCACUUGAGCAAGAUAAUAGUAAAAACCAGUUCUUCAAAUUGAAAGAUACGGUCAAGAUUACAGAUAGAGCUAUUGAAAAGCUGGUAGAUACAAAUCAAAGAAAUAAAUAUGAUUUAGAUUCUGUUUCAAGUGAUUUGAAGAAGGACCUAUUUAAUAAGUCUAAAGCAGCAUUGGGCCCAUCGAUUGACUAUGUUGGAAAGAUUGAUUCUAUUGAUGAAUUAUUCGGUUUCUUGCGGAGAAUUUUUAAGGAUUGGAGGAAGGAAGAAGACAAACAUGAUAUCCAAUUACUCCUUGAAGAAAAUAACAAUAAUCGUUUCACAAAUGAAAUUGCAGCAAGGUCUGAAUCUCAGCCUGAUCUGCCUAUAUUGAACGCCUUCACACUUCCAAUUAUUUUCAAUAAGGUUUUGCAUGAUUUAAGCUUUAAGUUUAAGGACGGUCAAGCAGCAUUAACGUUAUUUAAUUUACUAAAGAAAGAUAUUAAUUUGUAUACGAUCGUCUGCAACCAACAAACAUAUAAUGAGAUACUAAGAACGCAGUGGAUAUAUACAGGUAAGUCAAAUCUUUAUGCCAUUGAAAUGACUUAUAUAGAAAUGCUCAAUAAUGGUUUCACUGGUGAUAAAGUUACAUUUAACAUAUUAAAAAGCAUUAUACUCGACUACUAUAAUUUAAAAAUGGCAAACUCUAACUUAAAUAAAGUGAGCAGGCUACCAAUCUGGACUGGAGAAGAUGACAAAAGAGUUCGUAACUUAGAGGGUAAGCUUGAAAAUUUAGCCAGAAACCUCACAGCCACGAAGUGA